AUGGACUUUGAAGCUGCUGACCAUAUCAUUGAUCGCAUCAUCAAGGUUACAUAUCAGUAUACCUCUGAUUGGCCCCUGUACAUUGAGAUCUUUAAGGAUUUCAAACAGCUUGCGAAGCAGACAUCACUGACAUAUCAAAGGUUCAACAAGACAGCGUCAACAGUGAGCAACAUGACUGUUUCUGUGUCUGAAUUCAUCUUGCACUGUCCCAUCAGUUACGAGCAGAGAGACCUUACAGUAUCGAUUCUGUUCUUUAUCUACUUAGUGACUUUACUAGGAAAUGCGCUGGUAAUUUUGGUCAUAAUAAUGAACCAUCAGCUGCAAAAACCAAUGUACCUGUACAUUAGUACUUUAGCAGCUAUAGACUUGAUUAACAGCUCCAACCUUAUCCCUAAAAUGAUAGCAGUCCUUUUUGAUUCAGCAGCCAUUCCAUAUGGACCUUGUGUGUUGCAGAUGUAUAUCGUUUAUCAUUUGGAGGUGGCAGAAUCCCUUAUUUUUGUGUUUAUGGCAGGUGAUCGCUACAUGGCUGUUCUUCAUCCUCUUCGAUACCCCUCACUUGUCACAAACAAAACUGUUUGGAUUACGGUUUUCCUGUCCAACUUUAUUAGUGCCAUGGUGAUCACACCAUAUGUGGUAUAUGUCAAUGAAGUCCAUUUCUGUGUCACCAAUAUUCUGCCAUACUGUUUCUGUGACUAUGCCACAAUGAUUCACGUAUCCUGUGGUACAGAUCCCAAGUAUUUAGCUACAUUGUCCACCACUGCUUCUAUUUUCUGCAUUGGUCCUAUUACACUAAUUUUGUUUUCCUACAUUAGAAUUGCACAGGCAGCAUUAAAGAUCACUUCUAGUGAUGGGAAGAGUCAUUUGGGUGAUUUUCUUUUCCUCCAAGGCAUCAUGGCAGAUUUUCAAGACAGAAUGAUGAUUGCGUUUUUCUACAUCGAUGAACUUGUUCAUAAAGAGUUUCUUCACCAGGAACAGACUGCUUAUGAGCAACAUUAUGCUGAACUGCUGAGGCAUCUUCAGGAAAACACCAUGAAAAGAACCUCCUGA